CUGCACCGCCAUUUGCAUCACCGCCAACGAUCGCCGUUUCACGUCCGUGUCUCGUUCAAUACAGUCGCUUCCGGCCGUACAGCACUUUCUCUCAGCGGACGACCCAGAGACUAUCGCGAAUCUUGCGCUCCGUGGCGCAACCGGAGGAAAAUGAAGCUUGUUAGUGGGAGACGCUGUUGCUGACCUCGUACUAGGUUUCUCAUGAAAUGCGCAAAUGAGUCGGUGACGAUCGAACUCAAGAACGGCACCAUCGUGUCGGGCACCAUCACCUCGGUGUCUCCGCAGAUGAACACGGCCCUGCGGGCGGUCAAAAUGACCACCAAGAACCGGUCGAGCCCUUCCGCCCCCGGCGAGACGGUCAGCCUCGACACGAUCAACAUCCGCGGCUCCACCAUUAGAUACUUCAUCCUCCCGGACUCUCUGCCGCUCGACACGCUGCUCAUCGACGACCAGCCGAAGCCGAAGAACAAGGCGAGGAAAGAAGGCGAUUCGCGCGGUCGAGGGAGAGGGGGCAGUCGGGGACGGGGAAGAGGCGGGCGUGGACGUGGGAGAGGGAGAGGAUUUUAGAGUCCGUCCGGCGCGCACACCACAAAUCUCGGGGGACUGCGAGGUGCACAUCUACAUUGUCGGACAGGUUACUCUGUUGUCUGGCGUCCGCGCAUACCGGACGACGCCCGUGGUCAUCAUCAGACCGUCUUGAUUUCGAUGAGGAAUACAGCACCCCUGCAACCAACAGCCCUGCGGCAGGGCAGAGGAGAGCGGACGCGCAUGCAACGAGCCGCUCAACACACACGCACCAAUCAAUAUGUUGUUAUGAUGGAAAUAUCACUACACGGGACGCAUUACGCAACGGUGUCGAGUUGCUACUGCAACGUCGCGGCGGGGGAGGGGUCCUGAAGGAACUGGUUCUGGAGCAGCUCUGCUGCGCGAAGAGACCCGCGACAGCUGGCGCAGGCGAAAGGUGAAUUUGAGGCACAGCGAUUGCUGUGAGAAGAAGGCUUGGAUUCUCUUGAUACCGCGAGACGCUGCAGAAAUUAUUCAGGCCAUGAAAAAGGGAAUUUCGGAACGACCAGAUGCUCUCGCAAACUCUUUUCUGCACCUAUUUGGUUCCUCGCGUUUUUCCUUGGGCUGUGGCUGUCCUUUUGUCCAAGAUCGCCAUUGCUGACUCGCGGCAUCAAGGAUGUUUGGCCCUGGUAAGAAGAAUUUGCUCCAUGCAACUGCGCGAUCAUUCCCAGUACGAUUCACCUACUUAGCGAACCACAGAUCGUACUCUGUACCCAAGUGGUACUUUAUCCAAAGCUCGACGCCCCGGAGGGCAACUAAUAGCGAGGUUCACCAUACUUGUACAUACCUCGUCUUGAGGCUCGUAUCUGCGACCGUCACUCGUGCACUGCAGGA